AAUUUCAGUUCCCCAAUUCUGAGCCACAUACUCCAAACCCAAAUUCAUUCAUCUUCUUCUUAAUCUUAAACCUAAAAUCUCUCCAACUUUCUCCAUGCCAUCACAAUCUCAAGCUUCCAAACCCCUGAAAUCUAAGUCUUUUUCAACAUUUCUGAGAUACCCUUUUCAUCUUUCUCCUCUGUUCUUCAAUUCAGUUAAUUCACCUCACCCUUAACUUAACCCAGUUGAGAUUAUUUUCAUGGCGGGUCUCUCUGUUUUUUCCAUUAAUGGCCACGCUCGGAGCUUUGGACCUCAUAUUGACACCAACAACUCUGUAUUGAGGUAUAAAAGUUUUGCUGCUACUUCACUUUCUCUUCCUUCAAUGCCUUUUCCUUCUACCUAUAGAAAUUCUCAAUGCGAGUUGCUCUGUAGUUGUAGAUUUCGUGUAACCGUAAAUGGGCAAUGGAGAUUUUCCUCUUUAGAGUUUAGCAAGUUCUGUAAACCCUGGUGUGGAUUUUCUUGUAAUUGUAAACUUGGGUAUUUGGUGAAUGAUAAAAUGUCUCAUCUGGGUGGUAGAGGGAACAACAAUUUGAGAAGAAAGUUUGGUUUAAGAUUACGCCCAAGAUUGAGAUUGUUAUCUAGAAGAUUGAAAACUGUUUCUGUUAGGUCAACUUUGAACAAUGUAGGGACGUUUAUUAGGAAGAAUGUUAGAAAAGUUACCCUUUCUGCUUCAGUUUCUAUUGUUUUGGCGAUUUGCUAUUUGUUUCUGAAAAUAACAGCAGUCCCACCUUCCAAGAAUGUUCCAUAUUCAGAUUUCAUUACCAGUCUUCAGAGUGGAACUGUCACUAAAGUUUUACUCGAGGAGGGGUCUCGUCGUAUAUACUUUAAUCGAAGUUUUACAGAAUCGAUUCAAGGUUUAGAUGGUCAACCAUUAGCAGUAGCUGUAGAUAGUUCUAAUGGAAGUGAUAAGGGAAUGAGUGAAGAUUCAAGAACUGUUCAAGCCCCAAGAACGAAUUUAUUGACAAAAAUUUCAAGAAGGAAAAGCCGUGUCGCAAUUCCUGAGUGGCAAUUCUCGACUAGGAAAGUAGAUCGCGAUGAAAAGUUUCUGCUUGGUUUGAUGAGAGAAAAGGGAACUACUUACAGUUCUGCACCUCAGUCAGUUUUGAUGUCGAUGAGAACUACAUUGAUAACAAUCAUAUCUCUAUGGAUUCCUUUAAUUCCUCUCAUGUGGCUUCUCUAUCGUCAACUUUCUGCAUCGAAUACAACUGCAAAAAAGCGACAACCAAACAGCCCCAUGGUUGGAUUUGAAGACGUGGAAGGCGUUGAUGGUGCUAAAGUGGAGCUCAUGGAGGUAGUAUCAUGCCUUCAAGGAGCUAUGAACUACCAAAAACUAGGAGCAAAGCUUCCUAGGGGUGUCCUGUUAGUAGGACCUCCUGGAACUGGGAAAACACUCCUUGCACGAGCUGUGGCAGGAGAGGCAGGGGUUCCGUUUUUCAGUGUUUCUGCCAGUGAAUUUGUUGAAAUGUUUGUUGGAAGAGGGGCAGCACGUAUUAGAGACCUUUUUAAUGUGGCAAGAAAAUGUGCACCAUCAAUCGUAUUCAUAGAUGAACUUGAUGCGGUUGGAGGGAAACGGGGUAGAAGUUUCAAUGAUGAACGUGACCAAACAUUAAACCAGCUGUUGACUGAAAUGGAUGGAUUCGAGUCGGAUAUGAAAGUGAUUGUUAUAGCAGCAACUAACAGACCCGAAGCAUUGGAUCCCGCCCUAUGUAGACCAGGUAGAUUCUCUAGAAAAGUUCUCGUAGGCGAACCUGAUGAAGAAGGAAGGAGAAAAAUCUUGGCAGUACAUUUAAGAGAAGUUCCGCUCGAGGAAGACCUCAACUUAAUCUGCAGUCUAGUAGCAGCACUCACACCUGGUUAUGUAGGCGCUGAUCUAGCAAAUAUUGUUAACGAAUCAGCACUACUCGCAGCUCGUAGAGGUGGCGAAAUGAUAUCGAGGGAAGAUUUAAUGGGAGCCAUUGAAAGAUCAAAAUUUGGGAUCAACAGCAAGCAACUAAGGUCUAAUACAAUAAGCAAUGAGCUUGAAAGACUUUUUCCAUGGAUGACAUCUCUAAUGGGAAGAAAUGACAAAAGAGUGGAUCCAUCACAAGGGCCAUUAGGCUAUCAAACUUUGAGCUGAUAUGAUUUCAUGUUGUGUCAAACAGAUACAUCCAUACUUGCAUAAUCCACAUUUGAUACUGUAAAUAAAUUUCUUGUACCAUUUUAACGUAGAAGUUUGGAAUGACUCAUGGGGAAAAAAAAUAUUUCUUAAA